GUACGUCUGUCGCUCGAGAUCGCUCGAAAUUUUUUGCUUUUUCUUCCCGCCUUCGACUUCUACAAGAUUCACCGUCAGUUGAGGCAACGCGUUUUAUAGGUGUUCUAGAUUCUGAUCGUGUUUUACAGUACACUUUUGACCUUUUGUGUAAGACUUCAAAUUUUCUAUUCCAAAUCCUGCUCCAGCCAUGCCGCCGAAACCAAGUGGAAAGGCUGUGAAGAAGUCGGGGAAGGCCCAAAAGGCAAUCCGCAAUCCUCAAGAAAAGAGAAAGAAGAAGCGAAAGGAGUCCUACUCCGUCUACAUCUACAAAGUGCUGAAGCAGGUCCAUCCCGACACUGGCGUCUCCUCCAAAGCCAUGUCCAUCAUGAAUUCCUUCGUCAACGACAUCUUCGAACGUAUCGCAUCGGAGGCGUCGCGUCUGUCCCACUACAACAAGAAGUCCACCAUCACCUCGCGCGAAAUCCAGACCGCGGUUCGUCUGCUGUUGCCGGGAGAACUGGCCAAACACGCUGUGUCUGAAGGAACCAAAGCUGUCACCAAGUACACCAGCGCCAACAAGUAAAAAGAAUGUCUUCGUCGCGGAUUUCCUGGAGCACACGUUUACCCAGCUAUCCUGAAUUUUCCUUGGUUCUUUUUCUCCUAUUUUUUAGUAUUAAUCGUAAGCUUCUCCAUAUAGUGCACUCGAACAACCUGUCAUUUUCUUUACAUUAAGUCGCGUACGUCUUCUUGUACCGCCGAUAGUAAGCCAUCGUUUUCAGUUUUUAAAGCUGCGGGAGUUGUUAUUGUGGAUUGUUGGUGCUAAACAUUUUGAAAGUGGCAACUGUUAGACGAAAUGUGUUAUCGAAUUCCAUCUGAUUCCGUUGUUCUGUAUCUGCUUAUAUUCUGCUAUCCUGAAAUGCACGCUUUGAAGCGAUGAUAAUGUAUAAAAGCUUUCAUAAAUAA